CGCUGCCCGGGGGCGGGGACUCGCAGCUGCGGAGGCCGGAGACGCGGCGGCGUUGGAGGCUGCGCGGGGCGCGGAGCGGGCGGGAGCGUGAGGCCGGCGGCGGUGGGAGAGCGGCCCGGGCGGCCUGGGAGCCGGGCCUCGCAGCACCGAGCGGCCACCGGAGCCGCUGCAGGAGAUUCUCAGCCUGGUCUGUGAGAUGAUGGGAUUGGGAAACGGGCGUCGGAGCAUGAAGUCACCGCCCCUCGUGCUGGCUGCCCUGGUGGCCUGUAUCAUUGUCCUGGGCUUCAACUACUGGAUUGCGAGCUCCCGGAGCGUGGAUCUCCAGACGCGCAUCGUGGAGCUGGAAGGCAGGGUCCGCAGGGCGGCAGCGGAGCGAGGGGCCGUGGAGAUGAAAAAGAACGAGUUCCAGGGGGAGCUGGAAAAGCAGCGGGAACAGCUGGACAAAAUUCAGUCCAGCCACAACUUUCAAAUGGAGAGCGUCAACAAGUUAUACCAGGAUGAAAAGGCAGUUUUAGUGAAUAACAUCACCACCAGCGAGAGGCUCAUCAGAACCUUGCAAGACCAGUUAAAGGCCCUGCAGAAGAAUUACGGCAGGCUGCAGCAGGAUGUCCUUCAGUUUCAGAAGAACCAGACCAACCUGGAGAGGAAGUUCUCCUACGACCUGACUCAGUGCAUCAAUCAGAUGAAAGAGGUGAAGGAGCAGUGUGAAGAGCGAAUAGAAGAAGUCACCAAAAAGGGAAAUGAGGCUGUAGCUUCCAGAGACCUGAGUGAACAAAAGGGCCAAAGCCAGCAGCUCCAAGCCCCCAGUGAGCCCCAGCCCAGGCCGCAGGAAGCAGGCCUGUCCCAGGCAGAGGUGCCACAAGCAAGAGGGAACAUGCUCAGCAACAGCGAGCCCCAGACACCAGUCCCCAGUUCUGAGGUGGCUUUGGAUUUGAAGAAACAAGGCGAGAAAGAGGGAACCAAGGAGAUUCAGGUCGUCAGCAAAGAGGAGCUUCAGAGUAACGGCCUGGGGCUGUCGAAGGAGCCGGGGCGAGAGCAGAAUGUGGAAGAAGACAGACGUGUGGGUGGAAAAGGCCGUGGAGAACCCGGAGAACUGGGCCAAACCCCACAGGUGCCAGCUGCCCUAUUGGCAAGCCAGGAGAAUCAGGAGAUGGAGAGCCUUGAGCGGGACCAGCUCGUCAUCCCCGACGGGCAAGAGGAGGAGCGGGAUGCCGAUGAGGAAGGGAGAAACCAGCAAAAACUGGGAGCAGAGGAUGACUACAACAUGGAUGAAAAUGAGGCAGAAUCUGAAACAGACAAGCAGGCAGCCCUUGCGGGGAAUGACAGAAACGGAAAUGUUCUUAACGCUGAAAAUCAGAAAGGAGGCACAAUAAAUUUACUAGAACGGCGAGAAAAGAGGAAUCACACACUCUGAAUCAAACUGGAAUC